AGUGAAAUUGAACUGAAUGUUUGAGCACUCCAGACGCUACUCUGGCGGUACUGGGGAUAUCACCGUCGAGGCACCCUCGUCACCUCCUCACGCUGGCCUUCGUAUCGAUUCACCUCGAGCCGUAGUAUUAGGAGUCCAACCGCUGUCGACCCCUUGUCGGCUACUCUCGAGUGAUCUACUCAGAAGCCUCGACUUGGACUCCCCAUCAUCAUGUUUCCCAGAGGGAGGACUUUUCCGUCCGUUUGAGUCUUUGAAGUCGACGACUUCUACUAUUGAAGGCACUCCUAUGGUGUCUUCGUUUGAUAAGCGAGGUCAUGAUGUGGGAACUCCACACGCACUCCAGUCGAAGGCUGAUGAUGUGGUAGAGCGUCGUCGUUGUUGUGAUGAUGAUGAUGAUAGGAGCUCCUGGACUACUGUCAUGUUGAAGAACAUUCCCAAUAAAUAUGAUGACGCUAUGUUGGCUGAUGAGAUCUGGCGUCGAGGUAUGGGUGAUGCUUACUCCUACAUCUACGCUGUUCCCGACCCUCGCACAGGGCUCAACAGGGGGUACGCUUUUAUCGAUCUGAAAUCCCAUGAGCUUGCUUGUAAGUUCAUGAAAUGUUUCGAAGGUGUGCAGCUACCAAGUAGAAAAUCCACGAAAGUGUGUGCUUGUAUGUGGGCCAACAAGCAAGGCGCUCAAAGCCCGGCAGAUGUCGGUGCUUCUGUUGGGGGCGGCAUCACCUCUUCUGGUAAAGCUUGGUUACCUCCUUCCGAGGCCAUUCAUAAUAAACACAACGCCUUCGCUGUUACUACCUAUGAACCAUCACCCGAUUAUAAUCAUGCUCCUAAAUGGUUAAACGCUGACCCCUAUGACGUCCCUUAUGCCUCGUCCAUUCUCAAAAGUGAGGCAUCGGAUCAAUUCAAGAUCUUUGUUGGUGGUCUCGGCCCUCAAACAAGCAGUAAAGACCUCCACAAUUACUUUUCCAAGUUCGGUGUCGUAAAAGAUUGCGUCGUUGUGUUCUGCAAACUUACAGGCACUUCACGUGGAUUCGGCUUCUGUGAUAUGCAAACCCAAGAGGGAUUCCGAGCUGUGUUCUCUGGGCAACCUCAUACGAUUGGAGGUCGUACUAUUGGUAUUCGUCGUUAUAACUACUCAAUUCCACAAAGUCCUACCUCCUCGACUUCAUCUAGGUCAAGGCUCUCGCCUAUGUGAACGACCUGCCGAGUGUUACAACACUCAUUGAUUUCCGGAAGAUAUUUCUGCCGGAAUUCAGCAAAUUCGCCCCUCAUUUUUUAACUAGUCAAAAUUUUCAUUCAUAUGUUGUAUAAUUCCGCUCGGGCCCAAGUGUUAGUUUUACCUAUCUUAACAACGGAGUUAUAUCCACCAACGUGAUCGUCGUGUAGGUCGCAAAGACGUUUGAAUUCGGUGUUAGCGAGCAGCCUCAAUAGGCUCUAUUAGUAUGGGAGAAAUCAACCGGACGGGUUUUCACCUGAUGUUAUGAUGACGGUUAAGCAAUUUGAUUUAGAU